AAUGUCAUGGGAACCUUUGUGUUGUAAUUUUCAUUCUAAAAUAAUUUUAAUUACAAGUUUGCCGGCCUCCAUCUCAUAGAGAAAGGCCAUUUUUCCAAGUUGUUCCUGUGAUAAAGAAAAGAAAUUGAUACCUACAGCUAAUUUCUAACAAUCCCAUGGAUACGAUUUUUUCCAAGUAUUUCGUGUGUUAAAGAAAUUGAUACCUGCAGCUAGUUUCUAACAAUCCCUUGGAUACGAUGAGUACAGGGCCAAAUGAGUUUGGAGCUUUUAGAUCUCAUGAAUCCGUUGAGAACUCUCCGCAGAAACCGUCAUGGCCUACUUCUGGAGGGGAGCAAGAUGAUAGGGCAUCUACUGAUGAUGAGCAGAAUGGGAAUAAGGAAGAUGGUAAAAACCAGUUGGUGAUUUAUGAUCCUUCCGUCAAUGGUGCUGCCGAAAUUGCCCUAAUUCCCGAUUCUUCGCAAUCUCCCCAAUUACCUGGUGCGUCCAAAGUGUACCGAUCUGUUGGGGCUUUUGCUGUUCAGUGUGCCAAUUGUUUCAAAUGGAGGCUUAUCCCAAAGAAGGAAAAAUACGAGGAGAUAAGGGAACAUAUAUUAGAAGUUCCCUUCUUAUGUGAAAUGGCUCGGGAAUGGAAGCCUGAGAUAUCUUGUGAUGAUCCACCAGAUAUUACUCAAGAUGGAAGUAGCCUCUGGGCUAUUGAUAAACCCAAUAUUGCUGUCCCCCCUCGUGGCUGGCAGAGGCUUUUGAGAAUCAGAGGUGAUGGAGGGACUAGAUUUGCAGAUGUGUAUUAUGUUUCGCCAUCGGGCAAGAGAUUCCGAUCCAUGGUUGAAAUUGAGAGGUACUUGGAGGAACACCCUGAGUGUGUACAUGAUGGUGUAAGUUUAUCCCGGUUUUCAUUCCAGACCCCAAAGCCUUUGCAGAAGAACACUGCACUGAAAAAACGUCCUCCUGCAACGUCUACACCUUCACAUGAUGGCUUUGCUCCAUUAUUGCCUGCAUAUCGUGACCUUUCAGAAGGUAAAAAGAUUAUGAAUUUGCAUGGUUUUCUCCAGCAUAAGUUCACCCGUUAUGGGUUUGGGCUGUAAUGCAAAAUGUAUCCAACAAAUCAUCUCCGAGGGCGGAUUAAAAACAUUUGGACAGGGAGGGGGGUGCAAUUCAUCCCAUGGAUGUAAUUUAUUUCUUUUGGUUUUAUAGAAAAAAAAUUUAUUUAAAUAAUUUUAAAAAUAAAUGUAAAGGCGUGACCCCCCCCCCCAAAAAAAAUACUACUUUUCU